AUGGGAAUCAAUGCAAAAGAUAUCGGAACUCUCCUCUGGAAAAUCCUUAGAAUCACCACGAAAAAUGUUUAUACAUACGUUAGAAAAUACCCAAUUAUCUCUAGUGUUUCUGCUGCUACGUUCCUCUUAUACACUUUCCUCCCCAGGCUCUUCUAUUUCAUCCUCUGCUCUUCACCCUUCAUCGCAUGUUCUGCGUUUUAUCUUCGAAACCAUCUAAGAUCCAAGAAGAUCGAAAGUAUCAACACGGCUAAUGCGUUACCGCCAUUUUCUCCUGAUGGUUCUGAGAGAAGAACAAAGAGAGCUGACUUAAAGCAACAAAGAAGCGUUAGAAGAAACGCGAGAAGGAAAGUUGAGGAGGUUGGAAAAGAUUGGGACUCUUCUCAGGCUAGCGAGGAUGAGAGAGACCAAGUCAUUUUAACAACUCUCUAUGGAGAAGUCCCCAAACUUGAAAAUUUUAAGAAGGAUAGAGCGUUUCUUGUGUCCCAAGAAUUCUCCUUUGAGCCUAACCUAGAGAAAGAAAAGAAAGACAGAGAGUUUCUUGCAUCGCAAGAAUACUCCUUAGAGCCUAACCUAGACCAAGGAAAGAAAAACAGAGCCUUUCUUGCAUCGCAAGAAUACUCAUUUGAGCCUAACCUAAACGAAGAAACUCUUUCUUUAACCACAAGAAAUGAUUCCCUUCUACAUCCAUAUGAGAGGCUUACGAGCGGAGGUGGUGAAACUGAAGUUGAGUGUUCAUCAUCAUCAUCAUCAGAAAGCGAAGUAGAAACUCUCCAUGAAGACAAAAAGAUUAUAGCAUGGACAGACGAUGAUCAGAAGAAUCUAAUGGAUUUAGGAAACUCUGAGAUGGAACGUAACAAAAGAUUAGAGCAUUUGAUUACAAGAAGAAGAACAAGGAGACAAGUCUUACUUGCUGCCCAGGGAAGCCUAAUGGAUAUGGAAGUUCCUCUUAUUAGUGUUGGACGAAACUAUUUCGGUUUGGAUGAUGAAAACUAUACAAUUGAUGGAAUUCAAAUACCUGAAUCUGCACCUUCUGUGAUGUUACCAACAAAAAACCCUUUUGAUCUUCCUUAUGAUCCACAAGAGGAGAAGCCUAACCUCUCAGGUGAUAGUUUUCAUCAAGAGUUUUCUGCAGCUAACCCUAACCCUAACCCUAGUGAGAGCCUUUUCUGCCACCACGAGAGCUUUUGCCGCCGAGUCUUGCCAUCAGAAGUUGACUCGAGAUUGGAACAGUGGAAAAAGUCAACUGAUGGUUUGCUUAGACCACAACAAGGCAGUGAUGAUGAUGAUGGUUUGGUUGGGAAGAAACAACCUCUAAUGGAACUAAAAGAUGUAACAAUAGCAGAAGCAAAAGAUAUGGAGUCAGAACACAUGGCAGAGACCGUUGUGAGUGAUUCCAACUCAUUUCUUGCGCCUGAAGAAAGUGUAAUAACGGAUACCAACGUGUUAGAUCAAGCAAAUUCUUCUGGAGAUUCUGUAAAACCAAACGGUGAUCAUCAACGUGGUGGAAAUGCUAUAACGAGUCUGAAACCUAGAAACGCUGUGACACGUUCGACUUCAUUAGCACCUGAAAGGCAAAUAUACAUGGAACAUUUUGGUUAUAGCACAGUGAAAGGACAUAAGGUGACAAAAUCAGGGGAAUCUGAUCUUCAAGUUGAGUUUUCUGAAGUGGGAUCACCUCCCACUACAAUUGAUUGGAAUCACUCUGAUGAUGAUGAGAAGUCACUAAAGGUCAACGAGUCAGACACAGGAAAGGAAACAGGCUUUAGUGGUGUGGAUAGUGCUGCUGAAUCUCAAAUGUUACCACUGGAGAAACUUGAUCAAGAUUUCAAUGAAAAGAGUUCUCAAGAAACUGAUGCAGCAAAACAAUUUGAGGGUUUAUCUGAUGGUACAGAUGUCAAUGGAAUAUCUGAGGAAGAGGCCAUAGUUCCUCACACCAAUGAAGUUAUACUAGAGGAACCACAUGAACAUCUCCAAAACUUGGUGGAUGAGAUGAAGAUAAGUUAUGAGUCUGAUGAACCUGGACCCUAUGAGAGAAGAACCAAUCAAGAGAUACAAGAGACAGUUGAACCAGAAGCUUCAGUUGUGAACCAUGUCACAUCUGAUGAAUCUGAUACUUCACCAACAUCUGUGUUACCAGACAUGACGUUACCAUUAGGUCAGAAUUUGAGUUUAACUUCUGAGAAUGUGGAACUUGCAUCAGAUAGUCAACAGGGGGAUAUGGUUCCAGAUCCUGAACCAUCUCAGAGUCAAUUAGGUGGUGAUAGAAACAGUAUAGAAACAGAGGCUGCCUAA